AUGGAUUCUAAAAAUUUAGCAACUGUGUUUGCUCCUAAUAUUUUGCAUUGCAUAAAACAAAAUUCCAAAAAUUUCAUCGAAGAUAAUCCGGAGGAAAGAAGUGAUGUUAUUAAUGUUGUUAAGAUCCUUAUUGAUCAUUACAAAUAUGUAUAUUCUGUCUCUGCAGAAUUAAUGAAUGAAAUUUAUCUUCACAUAAUGGAUUCCUAUCCUAAUAAACUGGAUUUACUUCUUAGUAAAAAAGAUACAAACUCUAGAGCUGAUGAUUUUAGAAGGGAAAAGGCCAAGGCCAAGAAAUCAAUAGGAACUGGAAAAGGUCGCGAAGAAAUUUAUGUAUCGAAAUGGUUUGCUUUCACACGCAUGGCUUUUCUUCUUGAUAAGGAUAAACCAAGAACUACAAUUAAUUCCUCAGAGGAAAAUGAUUAUUCUAAAAAUAAUUAUAUUUGUGAAGAAACCGUUACCGAAGAAUUUUCAACUAACGAACCAGAAACAACCAAUUUGAAAUACACCGAAGGCGAGGAAAUACAAGAACAACCUCUCGCUAAUAAGGAUACCCCAAAGGCAAGUACGUCUGGUCCUCCUAAAAAACAAUUAAACAAACGAAAGAAGCCAAAUGAAAUAGAGGACUCCAAAAUUAGUCAAGCCUUAGGAAUUUUAAAAAAUGCAGCUUCCAACAGUGAGCUCAAAGGCGAUGAGUGUGGAGUAUAUGGACAACAUGUAGCUCAUAAGCUCAGAAGCUACAGCAAAAAACUAGAGCUAUUGUACAGCAUAACAUCAGCAAUAUCAUAUUUAAAGCUGAUAUGGGGCAAUAUGAUGUUGAGGAACCAAAAAACUCCACAACAUAUCAAACAUUCUAUGCAAACUCUUGGUUACCUCGAAGUUCCCCUUUAGGUAACUCAUCUCCACAUUCUUCCGUCAAUCAAACUCCUGUACCUUAUCCUUCCCCACAUUCUCAACAGUUAUAUUUACCGCAGUCGUCCCCUAUGACUGAAUCUUCCUCUAUUAAUGAAUCUCUCUCUCCAGCAAUCUCUAUAAAUGAAUCUGCCCCACCACCA